AUGUCCUGCCUGGACAACAAAGGAAUUGAGCUUUUUAUCGUAGAGGCGCUGAUGAAGAAACGGCAAUUCAAUCGCAAAAAGAAAUACCAUCACGCCGCGCAUUUCAAGAAGCUUGUCCAAGACCUACGCAAGAAGACGCGCUAG